CCCUCCCCUCCCUCCCCAUCCCCUCUCUGGUUUCGUCCGCGUCCAACCUAAACCCCAGAAACCCAAACCCCCGCAGCCGCAGGGAAAGCAAACCCAGCAAUGGGUGAUGCAACAACCAAGUGUUCUGCUGGAGAAGAGAAUGACAGAAUCAAGUAUGCUACGUCAUCUAUGAAAGGAUUUCGUGAUGAAAUGGAAGAUGCCCUCACAGCUGUCCUAGAUCUAGAUGGUUACAGUUCCACAUCAUUCUUUGGUGUUUAUGAUGGCCAUGGAGGAGCUGAUGUAGCAUUGUAUUGUUCAAGGCAAUUUCAUAUUGAGCUCACCAGGGAACCAGACUAUGGCAACAAUCUGCGUACCGCACUGGAGCAUGUGUAUUUCAGAAUUGAUAAGAAGUUGAAACGAUCGGAUGAAUGGAAAAGGGAGCCAGCUCAUCCUCCUGGUAGUAGAACUUUGAAAAACUUGCUCAGGGCUGCUCUUUGUGAGGAACGUUAUGUUCCCCCCCAACAGGAAGGAACCACAGCAUGUGUGGCUCUCAUUAGAGGUAACCAGAUUAUUGUUGGAAAUAUUGGUGAUUCCCGUUGUGUACUCUCAAGGAAUGGUCAGGCAAAUGAUCUAUCCACCGAUCACAAGCCAGACCUCCAACAGGAAAGGGAGAGAAUUGAAAGGGCAGGAGGGCAAGUAACCAGGGAUGAGAACCCCCAGAGAGAUUUCACAGGACGACUAGUUAGUGUGGACUUGGGCAUCCAUCGCAUCGGGGGGAAAUUAGCCAUAUCCAGAGCGAUUGGUGAUUUUCAAUUCAAGCAGAACAAAACUUUGUCUCCUGCAGAACAAAUUGUGACAAGUAGUCCGGACAUUCACACUGUGGACAUAACUGAUGAUACUGAAUUUCUUAUUAUAGCAAGUGACGGUAUCUGGGAUGUCAAGUCAAGUCAAGAGGCGGUUGAUUUUGUAAGGCAGCGUUUGCAAUCCGGGGAGAUAGAUCUGCGUGCCAUUUGUGAGAGACUUCUUGAUUCAUGCCUGGGCCGCCGGAGAAUGAGUGACAAUAUGAGCGUGAUAGUGGUUCAGUUCAAGGCGGGCGCCCGCGCCAACCCCACUGCUACUGCUGAAGCCAGGGCUGACGAAAUCGAGGUCAGCAUCGAAGUGGGGCAGCCCAGCAACGGAAAUGAGGACGACGACGGCUCUGUCAACGGCUGCAUAGGAUGCUUCGGCCGCUUGGAUAUGUUUGAGGCCGGCCAGGACUGAUGGGUGAGCUGUGCACUUACAGUUUUGAAUUUUUGAUCAAGAAGUGAAAGGUGAUACUGAGCUGGGAUGGUUUACAGUGCUAUUUUUGCUCUUUGUCGGAGACAGAAUUCGUGUCUUAGGGUCUGAGCAGUUGCUGUUACUUACUAUACGUUGCAUUGUAGUUUCGCUGGAGAUUUUGCUUGAGAGCCACUUGGAUUCACGCACUCUGUUUUCUUCUUCUUCACAUCUUGUCUUGGAUAUCAAAGAUGCUUGAUGGGGUAGUAUAACUAUGGAUGUUUACUGCCUUGAUGAUAAUUCCUCUACGCAAUGCA